AGGUUCCCCAGGCUGGGCAGCUUCAGGAGCCAGAGAGACAGGAGCCUCGGGCCCUCCAGGGCGAUCUCCCUGACCAUCCCUCAAAGCCAAGGGCAGAACGGUUUCCCGCCAGACCCCUCAGGGCUCAGGGUGAGGAUGGCCGAGCCGCAGGGCCGGGAGCCGGAGGCCGAGUGCCCCGUGUGCUGGAACCCCUUCAACAACACCUUCCACACCCCCAAAGUGCUGGACUGCUGCCACUCCUUCUGCGUGGAAUGCCUGGCCCACAUCAGCCUGGUGGCCCCGGCCCAGCGCCGGCUCCUCUGCCCGCUCUGCCGCCAGCCCACGGUGCUGGCCUCGGGCCAGCCGGUCACCGACCUGCCCACGGACACCGCCAUGCUCACGCUGCUCCGCCUGGAGCCCCACCAUGUCAUCCUGGAAGGCCGGCAGCUGUGCCUCAAAGACCAGCCCAAGAGCCGCUACUUCCUGCGUCAGCCCCGGGUCUACACGCUGGACCUGGGCCCCGAGCCCGGGAGCCAGACGGGACCCCCGCCGCCAGCCACCACCCCCGUGGCCAGGUCCAGGCCCCGGCCCAUCCCCAGCCACUACUCUCUGAGGGAGUGUUUCCGCAACCCUCAGUUUCGGAUCUUUGCCUACCUGAUGGCCGUUAUCCUCAGCGUCACGCUCUUGCUCAUUUUAUCCAUCUUCUGGACCAAGCAGUUCCUUUGGGGCGUGGGGUGA